AUGCUUGAUAAAUCGCUGCCUAAACGCACUGCACGUGCCCACCUCUCCGACAAGCCGUGGAUGACACCGCGUAUAAAGCAUGAAAUAAAAGCUAGGGAAAAGGCGUUUAAAUUUGGAGAUAUAACAAGGUACAAACUAUUAUGUGACAAAGUUACCUCACUUGUAUCAAAUGCGAAAAAGAAUUACUAUCAACUAAAAGCAGAGGGUACACGCGAAACGAAUCCGGCAAAGUGGUACAAAACCAUAUUUGAACUUGCUGCCACUAAUGACUGUAACUCUCAACCACCGGCUGAUGAUGCAGCAGACUUAGCGGAACGCCUGCAACAAAGCUUCACCAAACCUUGGCAGAAUGCCAACCCCACUGAAAUUCCGGACGUUGGGGAAAUUGAACACCUACUUAAGAAUGAUACCAGUCCCCUGUUGCCUUCCAUCGGACAAAUUAAGGCUACCCUUAAACAUCUAAAUCCCAGGAAGGCCACUGGCUCAGAUGAGAUCCCUCCAUGGUUACUGAAACGUUACCAUGAAGAACUUGCCCCUGUUAUUCAUAACAUCAUAUGCUCUAGCAUCUCCCAGGCUAAAUACCCAACCCUAUAUAAACACGCAUUGGUCACCCAAGUGCCUAAAAUAUACCCUCCUAAUGACAUGGAUAAUGAUUUUCGCCAAAUCUCAGUAUUACCGCAAUUGGCAAAAGUCUUAGAAAGCAUCCAACUUAAAUUAAACAAAGGGAACCUUAAGAUCAAGGACAAUCAACAUGCAUUUACACAUGGUAGAUCAACUGUAUCUGUAUUGGCGAGCAUCACCCAAAAUUGGUUCAACAAGACUGAAAACUCACGUGAUGGAAGAAUGGGUAUAAAAUGA